AUGGCCAGCGAGGACCAGUCAGCCUCUCGUUGCUUUGGAGAAACCGUCUCAUCCGUGUUUCUUUGUUGUCUUUGGAAGGAGAGGUUUCAGGAAGCGGAGGAGAUCUACCAGGCUGGAAUCAAGAACUGCCCGGACAGCUCCGACUUACACAACAACUACGGGGUGUUCUUAGUGGAUUCUGGUUCUCCAGAGAAGGCCGUGGCCCAUUACCGGGAGGCGAUCAAACUGAGCCCGAGUCAUCACGUGGCCAUGGUGAACCUGGGCCGGCUGUACAGGUCACUCGGAGAGAACGGCGCGGCGGAAGACUGGUACAAACGCGCCCUGCAGGUGGCACGCCGAGCCGAGAUACUGUCCCCUUUGGGCGCGCUCUAUUACAACACCGGCCGAUAUGAGGAGGCGUUGCAGGUGUACCGGGAAGCUGCAGCCCUUCAGCCUUCUCAGAGGGAGCUCCGCCUGGCGCUGGCCCAGGUUUUGGCCGUGAUGGGUCAGAUGAGAGAAGCCGAAAGGAUGACCAUGCACAUUGUGGAAGAGGAUAGUGGGUGCCUGGAAUGCUACCGCCUCUUGUCGGCCAUCUACAGCAAGCAGGAGCACCACGCCAAGGCCCUGGACGCCAUAGACAGGGCGCUGCAGCUGAAACCAAAGGACCCCCACGUCGUCUCCGAGCUGUUCUUCACCAAGGGAAACCAGCUGCGAGAGCAGAACCUUCUGGACAAAGCUUUCGAGAGCUAUAAGGCAGCCGUGGAGCUGAACCCGGAUCAGGCGCAGGCGUGGAUGAACAUGGGGGGCAUCCAGCACAUCCAGGGAAGUUAUGUGUCCGCACGAGCUUAUUAUGAGAGAGCCCUGCAGCUGGUUCCAGACAGCAAGCUGCUGAAAGAGAAUCUGGCCAAGUUGGACCGUCUAGAAAAACGAUUGCAGGAGGUUCGAGAAAAGGAGCAAACGUAGCAGCCUUAGACCCGGCUCCCGGGGUGGUGCUGGUGCCUCUCCCGGAAAACCUGGCAAGACUUGGCUCUCAUAGCAGCAGGGCUCAGCCCCUCUGGGGACGCCUGCUGGGGAUCGUGUGCGGACGGAAGUACAUUUCCAGGAGAGAAGAAGGAAGGAGCCAGCCAGAGCUAGAAGGCCCCCAGUGGAGGAAGCCACAGCGGGAUUGAUGACAGAGCUUUGCUUGCUUUCCCUCCAGAUUUCCCUGAUGGAUUCUGUGUUUCUGCAACCUGGAAAUCCAGUUCCGUUUCUUAGUGUAGACUCUCACGUCCUAGAAACCCAGAAGCCUGAAGGGCAGUGAAAGCAGAAGUCUGGUGUUUGUAGGAUGAGGUAUUUCAGAGAGGAAACAUCUCCCGGGUAAGCUGUCUGGGAAGUGCCCCCAGAGGCGGCUCAUGUGAGUCUCUGCAACCAGGAAUGAGAAUCUAAUAGCUUUGGCAGAACCUUCCAGAAUAUGUAGGCAAGGAAGCUACUGGUAAUUGAGCUUUAUCUAAUAUCCUACUAAGGAUAUUGCUGGAAUCCUUCGGAGGAGGAAAUUAAAUUCUAUUUUAAAUGUUUUCCGUAGCUUAAUACAGCAGAUGGGGAGCUUUGCCAGUCCUAUGUGAAUAUCUUUAUCCCUAGUGGAAAAAUCAAGGAGCUGGCACCCUAACUGUUGGUGGAAAUGUUUUAAAAUUAUCCUAAUUUUAUUACAAGUAUUACCAGAGUAGUGAUCCUACUCUCAGAUCUCAAAAGUGCAUUUAAAGUCUUCUAUGUUCCUGUCUUCAAAUAUAUUGUUAUUUUGGUGAAGAAAAAGAAAUAGUAUAUUCUAUAUUUAAAGAAAUUAAAGGUAUUAACUGAAAAAAUGUCAGAAUUUAUUAUCUAAAUGUUCAGACAUCAUGAGAUGUAUUUUUUUUUGAAAAGUGUAUGUAACCGUUGGGGAAUCUUUACCGUGGAUAACGGAAGUCUUCAUGGAUGGGGGCUGAGCUGUUUGUCUUCCUGGGCUUAAUGAGAAUUCCGUGCUUAAAACGUGAAUGACUGCCUCCAGGAGUUCUUUGCUGUGUAUUUGUAUUUUUGGGAAUUUCAUGAAGAAGUCUCCAAAAAAAUCUAGGGAAAAAAGGUCAAAAUCCGAUGACAUAAAUACUAUAUAUGCUUAUUUUUAAAGCUAGGGAUGGCAAAAUUGAAUUCACAUUUAUUUUUAGUGUUAUUUAUUUCAUAACUUAUGACAUUUAAUAUAUGCACAUGCUUCUUGUUGCUCUGUAUAUACUGGUUUUAGUAGCAUCUUUGAAAAGUGACCCUUUAAAAAUCUCAGUGGGGAUUUACAGAAUAGUGAAGCUUCAACAGCGCCUCAAACAUUUUCUCUUGAUUUACAUGCUGAAGUGUAAGAAAUUGGGGACCAGUCUCCAGUGUUAGGGUGGUAUGUUUUCAAAGUGAAAGUGAAGAAAUCGGAACACCUGAUUCUAAUUCGAUUGCCAUCAUUAAAAGCCAAAAUGAAAGUGUGGCAAGCAGCGUUGGUCCAGUGCUGAGGCAGGUGCCACACAGGUGGAGUGGCUGAGGCGCACGUGUUUUAACCUGCUUUCAUCAGAGCGGGAUAGAGGCCUCCUGCUUCCUUCAUACCAACACCAAAAGCACCGCCCCUGUAUGGGAUUGAUUCGGUUUGGUUUGGUUUGGUUUGGUUUGGAAGUCUAAAGAAGAGGAGAAACUUCUUUGGGAAGGAACAAGGGGGCAGAUAUUUUAAUUCACAGCUUCACAGUUGGAAUUAGCUUGCAUAUGUUUGUGUACCUAAGACAUCCAAUAACAUAGAGCUGCCACUCUUUCUGUUUGUAAUCAUCUUACUGUGUUAUGCAAAGGGACUCCAGAAAGUUUGCAGAAAAUGAAAUUAAAAGGGAAGUUUAUUUUGAUAUAAAAAAUUGUGGAAUACAUACAAAUUUUUCAUAUACAUAUUUCCUUUUAACUCGUUGAAGAUUCUUCAUGUGCAUGGAUUAUAAGUUUUGUUUUUCAACUCCAUUUUCCACAAAGUUUUUGAAGUGCACUUGUAUAUCAUAAAUUUAUCCAAAAUCUGAUUUUCUGCACUCCCCAGUUAAAGAGUGUGCCAUGGCCGUGAGGAGACUGCUUCCUGGCAGGUGUGGUUCUCUCUCUGUGUCACUCUUGUUCUCCUUCUGUCUGCCCAUCUCCUUCCAUCUUCCUCUGUGCCAUCUGUCUGCAGACACAGGCAUGUUUUUGACCUUCAACAGUAGGCACUGUUUACAAAAAUUAAGCGGUGCUUAUUGGAUCAGAUAUUUUUAUUCUUCACUGAAAUGUGGCCAGUGAAAGUUUCCACAGUUAAAAAGCUGCCUAAAAGAAAAAGAACCACAUAGUAUUUGUUGAAGAUAUUAAGUCUAUUUUGUAACUUUGUGUUUGGUUCUUUUAACAUGAAAUAAUAAGUGUAAUGCACCCUCAGUCAAAACACCAAGGGAGUGCCCUGGCUGCUCUUGGAGGGGUGUCCAUAGGAGCAUGGUUGGCAUAUGAAUUGAUAGAGCUUUCUGGAAUGGAGGAGUAGUGCACGCCUCUUGGAUAUGCAGUCUGUGCUGUCCCAAAGUCUCUGUACUCAGAGGCAUCCCACACUCGGUUGAACGCUGUACUUGAAAUUCUUGGUAAUUUUGGAAGAAGGAGUCUUGCGAUGUAAUUAUGCACUGGUUCCUGGAAUUAGAUAGCAGGUCCAGGUUGAAAAGAAGAUGAGCAGGGAAGAGAGGAAUGGCUUUAGGUUGAACACUUUAGGGAUGCGUUUCCUUUGUGAGUUGGAGCAGCAUUUGCCAUUUUGUCAUAGCUACAUUGAGAGUUCCUCGUGUGCAUAUUGCACACCUUGUCUUUCUAGUCUGUCUUCUAGUGCUUCCUAAAACCAGCUCUCCUCAGCUGCAGAGCCCCAAGUGAGUGACAGUCCCUUGAUGUCCUUUGAUAGAGAAUGGCUUUAGCAGCUUCUCUUAAUCUUGCAAAUCCUAUGUUCGGGAUUUCUUAGGUGAUUCAGAUGUUUCCCGUUGAUGAACAGAAUUCACAGCCAUGAGUCAGUGGUGUAACAGGUGAACUAAACCAAAGAUGCAAAUCCCUUGGAGGGAGAGACAUUUUAGGGGCGCCUGCGAUGGAUCCCUUGAGGUUUGUGUGUUUUGAGCCUAUAGCAGAACUACGAGGACUGUCAGCACUUGAGUCCCAACUCCCUGCAGAACUUGGCCACCCUGAGCAGGAGAUUCUGGAAUUUGUGGGAGGUGCUUACCUAGUGUGAGGCAGGGUUUCGCAUUGCGUGUGCAGAUGCUCCUGUGCAAACCAUCUCUUACAAACAGACCUCAGCAACCAUAAUUAGGAGAAUAAGGAGCGCACGUGGUUUCUGUCUCCGUUAUAAACCCUUCAGACCCCUCAGUAGAAAAGCCCAUUAGGCUGACAGUUGAGCUCUGUCCCCCUCGGCACAGAGCGAGGGACUCAGCACUGGCUGCUCUUCAGAGCCACCUGGGGACCUUUCGAAAUCUCAGACACCUGCCAGUCUGGGUGACAGUUCCAGUAGGCAGCGAUGCUGCAGAACUGUGCAGGGCUGACAGCUUGCAUGGGAGUUUAUGGCUUUUACCAGAAAGAUGUUUAUAGUCUUUUUUUUUUUUUUUUUUUUUUUUUUGACAGGCAGAGUGGACAGUGAGAGAGAGAGAGACAGAGAGAGAAAGGUCUUCCUUUGCCGUUGGUUCACCCUCCAAUGGCCGCCGCUGCAGCCGGCGCACCGCGCUGAUCCUGGCAGGAGCCAGGAGCCAGGUGCUUUUCCUGGUCUCCCAUGGGGUGCAGGGCCCAAGCACCUGGGCCAUCCUCCACUGCACUCCCUGGCCAUAGCAGAGAGCUGGCCUGGAAGAGGGGCAACCGGGACAGAAUCCGGCGCCCCAACCGGGACUAGAACCCGGUGUGCCGGCGCCGCAAGGUGGAGGAUUAGCCUAUUGAGCCACGGCGCCGGCUGUUUAUAGUCUUUCGAAAUUGACUAUUAAAUGAGCCAAAGAGUAACCCUGAAGAGUGACUUUGGGCACAGUGGUAUGGUUGAGGCUAUCAUUCUGAGAUUGGCAAACAGGUGGUUGGGUUGGGUGGUUUUGCCCUUGAGGCAAUAGGACUGCAACUUGGCCUUGUAUUUACAGGAUUCUUGGUUCUCAGAUGGAGAAAGUUACCUUGCUGUUUGCUUACACCAGACACGGUGCCCUGUAUAUAAAACCAUACUUAUCUGACUCAUAAAGGUGUCCAUGGCAUCAAAUUGAUGGCUGCAUUUCUGGCUUGCUUUUGAGCACACAACAAAUGAACUUCUGUGGAUUAGUUUUCUUAAUUCUACUUAUUAGAUUCAGUUUUUGAAAAAAAUACAAAUGUUGUUACUUUUGGAUCCAUCCAUUGGAAUAAAAAAUUAUGAAACGUUAGUAAUGACAUUCAAAGCAAGUAGUACUAGGGGUUGUUUGUUUUUAGCUUGCUGGUCAUGGUUUUAUCACAUUUACUUUGAUUUGGUUGUGUGUUGAUUUCUCCCAAAUAUAGCAAAUUUUAACUAUAUAGAUGACAUCUUUUGACAUGUGGAAACAUAAAUACCUGUGAACUCUGUGUUUAGGCUGCAAUUGAAAAAUGUAAAAGCAUAGUGUGCCAAAAGGUAGUAUAGGGAAAUGCUCAUUUUAUGAUUACUCCUGAAGUGUUGGAUGCUCACAAAAAGUAGGUUAAGCAAUUUAAAAAAUGCAUUCCCUUCAAUAUUUUUGAUAGCUAUGUAACUUAAAGAGGAAAACACAUGCAGUUGAAAGUAUGGGUUAGUGUCAAACAAAGUAGUAGAAAAGAAUUAAAAGUUUCACUCAUUUGAUCGACACUCAGAUGUUCCAUUUUCAGCACUACAAAUUUGUUCAAUGCAAACCCUUAGGGAAGGUAACUCAAAAAAUCAGCCCUCAUCAGAGUACGUAGUCAUCGUCAGUUUGUGAGGUCAGAUCACUAAUCACUCCCAGCCAGAAAGAGACAGCUAUCUACAGAAAUCCAGGGAUGUCUGCACAGUGUCCUUGGCACUCAUGGUGUACGGGUGCCCCACGUUUGGUAGUUUCCAGUGUGAACAGUGAGCUCCUGGGGUUGUUUAUCUCCGUGGCCCUUGGGGUUUGCUGCUCCAAGAAUCAACACCUCUGGGUACCAGUCCUAGUUCUACUGGGAAGCCACCUCACCUGGGGCAAAAUAGCCGAUGUCUUUGUUAUAUUCCUCACCCACAGAAGACCAGUCCAGUGGCUCCACUGAGCUCCACGUCAACAGCUACUCUAAAUGUAGGCUGAAAAGCCAUGUGCAUCUGAUGCCAGAACUCACAGCUUGCCCUUUUAUUAAAGAUUCUAAGAUAAUCAUGCAGCGAAACACAUCCUUGGGACACCAAGUUCUUUAACAUGGCAGAGGUGUUUGCUGUCAUUCUGUAGUCUGUGCACCUAAAGAUUCCGACAGUGACCCUGUUGUGUGACUGAGACAAGACAGAACUUCCUCCUAAGGAAUUCAAAUGUGUGUGGAAACCAUUUGAUGUUCUCUGAUUCACAUGCACUCCUCCUUUUGUUGGGGAGGAAACAGCUUGUGUCAUGUUCUUUGUUCACAAUGCUUUCAUUUCUUUGAUCAGUUUAUUAUAAUUGUACACUUUGGUUGACUUGGCUAUUUAGAAAUGUCUCUCCUAUAAAGUAUUUCUCGCGUUCCAUCUGGUUUUGUAUACUUUACGUAGGUCUUUCCACGAUAAAAUUUAUGUAAAUGUCUAUUUUAUAUAAAAUAUGAUGGAAAUUCUUGUGUCUGGCGCAAAUCUCUUAAGUGCUUCGUGGUUAGUGCCCAGUGAUAUCCAUGUGACAGGUAAGUUCUUUAGAAAUAAAGCAGGCAAGCAUUGGGCGUAGUGGUUAGCACACCGAUUGGGACACCCACAUCCCGUAUCAGAGUGCCUGGGUUCGAGUCCCAGCUCUGCUCUGGAUUCCAGCUUCCUGGUAGGGCACACCCUGGGAGGCAGCAGUUAAGCAUCCAAGUAGUUGGGGCUCUGGCUCCCUGGCAUUUGGAUAGUGAACCAACAAAGCGAAUCUAUGUGUGUGUGUGUCCUUGAAUCUCUGCCCCUGAAAUAAAUUUUAAAAAUUAAAAUCA